AUGCCCAAUAGGCGAAGGCGUAGAGAUGAGGACGCUGAUGAAGAACUGAUGUGUGUCCAGGAAGUGAGCGACGGCGAGUCGGAGAGUACUCUGGAGUACACCUCAGCAACAGAGGAGUCAGAUGUGUGUGACACAGCGCAGUGCUGGAAGAGGGAGACAACUCCAACAAUAUUUCGUGAAUACUUCGAAGAUCGAUUCGUCUCCCUCUUGAGUAUACUGGCAGCAGAAGAAUCAAUUAAGUCUAGAAUUUUAGCACGCGCGCUCCUGUGUAAGUGCUAUGCGGGACUUUCGCAGGCUGGAAAAGCCUUCGUGCGCCAAGUAUAUUAUCGUCUGUGCAUGGAUGAAACUGUUGCCGUGAGGGAAAAUGCAGCCAGAAAACUGCAUGAGUUUGCAAAAGUGGUGGAUUUAAACCACUUUGAAGUCGAUAUUAUACCCCUAUUUCAUAUACUGCAGAAGGACGAAGAGAUAAUAAUACGUCUGGGAGCUGCUGAAUCGUUGGUGAAUAUUUUGAUGUACCAGCGCGUUUCUGACGAACUCUGCAAGGAGCUGCUUUCAGAGUUGCAGAAGUAUAUUAAUGAUCCGUCUUCGAGUGUUCGUUACCUGAUCGUCAUCAAAAUUGUCGAGGUUUUAAGAGGUCUACAGGAAGGCACGUUGAAGUCAGAUCUUCUCCAAAUACAUCACGAUUUACUGAAGAAUCUGACAUAG